AUGUUCCCCAGCAACCAAAACCCCUCCGGCCAGUCCCCGCAAACUGCUGCCGGCCCUCACUCACCACAGACAGCUUAUUCUUCCUCGACCGAGCCCACAGCAACCAGGCUAAAUAUUGACGCCAUUAAUCUGCCCACGGGAAACUCGCCCCAUGCUGCUAGCAUUGUGCCGUCGAAUUACAAACUGCCAGAACAACACCCCCGUCAUGUGGAGAAUGGAAGAACCUAUCAUGGCUACCGACGGGGCGUUUACAUGCUCCCAUGCGACGAAGAAGAGCAAGACCGCCUGGAUCUGUUUCACAAGGUCAUCACCGAAGCUCGAGUCGGCGACGGCCUGAUCUAUGCCCCCCAUCCCCCCAAUGCGCGCGUCUUGGACCUCGGCUGUGGAACUGGAAUCUGGGCUAUUGAUGUCGCAAACAAAUACCCCGAAGCCUUUGUGGCCGGUAUGGACAUUGCAGAUAUUCAGCCGCUCAAUGGACCCAAGAACUGCGACUUCUACGCCCCGCGAGACUUUGAGUACCCAUGGGCUCUAGGCGAAGACCACUGGGAUCUGAUCCACAUGCAAAUGGGCAGCGGCAGUCUGACUAGCUGGCCUUCCCUUUACCGUCGCGUUUUCGCCCACCUGCGCCCCGGCGGUUGGUUUGAGCAGGUCGAAAUCGAUUUUGAGCCGCGUUGCGAAGAGCGUUCACUCGAGAACACAUCCAUGCAUAAAUGGUACCAAUAUCUAAAGCAAGCUACCGAAAUGGCAUCUCGCCCAAUUGCACACAGCGUGGGUGAGACCAUGGCCGCCUUGGAGCGACAAGGCUUUGUCGAUAUCGACCACCAAAUCGUCGGCCUGCCCUUGAACCCGUGGCAUCAAGACGAACACGAGAAAAAGGUGGGCCGAUGGUACAAUCUUGCCAUUUCAGAAAGCAUCGAGACCCUCAGUCUGGCACCGCUUCACCGCGUUUUUAGCUUGACACCAGAACAGGUAAAGAGCCUGGCUGUCGAGGUAAAGAGAGAAGCCUACAAUAAGGAGAUUAAGGCCUAUAACAUUCUUCACAUUUACCAGGCCAGAAAACCCGGGAAUUGA